ACCCUCACCUCCUCUUCUCUGCGUGAACUGUACACCGGGAAAGUUUCAGGAAGUAAAAUCUCAGUUGGAAACUCUGUCUCCGGCGCCGGAGUUUCAAGUUAUGGGAAACAUGAGAAGUCCAUUCAAGGGGAUAGUCAAAGACAUCAAGGGUAGAAGCAAGUGCUACAAGCAAGACUGGGUCAAUGGAUUUUGCUCUGGCUUCCGGAUAUUUGCUCCAACUUUCUAUAUCUUCUUUGCUUCUGCUCUUCCUGUUAUCGCCUUUGGAGAGCAACUGAGUCGAGAUACAGAUGGUGCCCUGAGCACAGUGGAAACAUUGGCUUCCACAGCUAUUUGUGGAAUCAUUCACUCCAUUUUAAGUGGGCAGCCUUUGUUGAUAGUAGGUGUUGCGGAGCCAACAAUUAUCAUGUACACUUAUUUGUACAAUUUCAGCAAAGGAAGGCCAGAGUUGGGCCAGGAUCUCUUUUCGGCUUGGACCGCAUGGGUUUGCGUAUGGACAGCUAUGCUGCUCAUUCUUCUUGCUAUAUUCAAUGCAUGUACCAUAAUCACCAGGUUUACAAGAAUUGCAGGAGAGCUUUUCGGCAUGUUAAUAAUUGUCCUUUUCCUUCAAGAGGCCGUUAAGGGAGUGAUCAGUGAGUUCAAUGUUCCCAAAGGCGAAAAUCGUAAGUUGGACAAAUAUCAGUUCCCCUGGCUAUUUUCAAAUGGGUUGCUUGCAGUCAUUUUCUCAUUUGGGGUUUUAUUCACGUCCCUAAAGACACGGAAGGCAAGAUUGUGGCGUUACGGAACAGGCUGGCUUCGAGGUUUUCUUGCGGAUUAUGGGGUACCCCUUAUGAUCUUGUGUUGGACAGCAUUGUCUUACACGAUACCUCAACAAGUUAAUUCCGGAGUUCCCAGGAGGCUGUUCUGUCCACUUCUUUGGGAACCUGAAUCAUUACAUCAUUGGACAGUAAUAAACGAUAUGGGAAAGGUACCAAUAAUGUACAUCUUUGCUGCCUUUAUACCAGCAGUAAUGAUAGCAAGUCUAUACUUCUUCGAUCACAGUGUUGCUUCACAGUUGGCACAACAAAAGGAGUUCAACCUUAACAAUCCCUCUGCUUACCAUUAUGAUAUCUUAUUGCUAGGAGUUAUGACUUUGAUUUGUGGAUUGCUGGGACUCCCUCCUUCAAAUGGGGUCCUUCCACAAUCUCCCAUGCACACCAAGAGCCUCGCAGUUCUCAAAAGACAGCUGAUUAGGGAAAAAAUGGUAAAAAGUGCCAAGGAGGGCAUAUCACAACUAGCGAGCAACUCGGAAAUCUAUGGAAGGAUGCAAGCUGUGUUCAUAGAAAUGGAUGCGUCUUCUGCUCCUACUUCAGUAGAUAAAGAGUUGCAGAACUUGAAAGAGGCUGUAAUGAAACGUGACGGUAGGGAGACUGCAAAAGAAAAUUUUGAUCCUGAGAAGCAUAUUGAUGCUUAUUUGCCGGUUAGAGUCAAUGAGCAAAGAAUGAGUAACUUGUUGCAGUCAUUCCUCAUUGGACUUUCAUUAUGUGCUCUGCCUGUAGUAAAAAUGAUACCUACCUCGGUACUAUGGGGAUACUUUGCCUACAUGGCCAUUGACAGCCUCCCAGGGAACCAGUUCUGGGAAAGGGUGUUGCUUCUGUUCAUCACCCCCAGAAGACGUUACAAAGUCCUUGAAGGUGUUCACGCAUCAUUCGUGGAGUCUGUACCUUUCAAGCCCAUUUUGAUGUUUACACUCUUCCAAUUGGUAUAUUUUCUGGUAUGUUUUGGUGUGACAUGGAUACCUAUAGCUGGAAUACUGUUUCCACUGCCGUUCUUCCUCCUCAUCAGCAUCAGACAGCACAUCCUUCCAAAGUUUUUCUCACAUGAAUAUCUUCGAGAACUCGAUGCUGCUGAGUACGAAGAAAUUGCUGGCACACCCCGUAGAAACUUAAGUUUAUCAUUCAAGGAAAGGGAAUCAUUUGAUUAUCACAGUGAAGGGACUGAAGACAACUUUUCUGAUGCUGAGAUAUUGGAUGAAAUGACAACACACAGAGGAGAAUUGAAGCUUAGAACCGUAAGCUUUAAGGAAGAAAAGUUACAUCAGGCUUAUCUUUAAGUUUUAGUGUUCGAUGAGCCUGCUAUGACGUAGGACGCCAAUUUGUAAUCAUCAUCCUCGGUUUGACUGAAGGAACGAUCAUAAUCCUAAUGAGGAAAUGUCCACGAAUGUUGCCUCUUAUAUAGCCAGUUAUUUACCAGAAAAGCUGACAGAAAAAGGAUUCAACACUUUCUGGCUAGAAUAUUAACUGUGAAGUUAGGUACUUUUCAUGUUGGAAAAAAAAUGGAAAUGCCAAUUCUUUUA